UCCACUUUUACCUUUAAGAAGUUCAUUGAUUAUCACGUUGAUUCUUAUAAAAUUAUUUUUUUUUGGAACACCACUCCUCCUUCCUCAGCUUUUAUCGAACUUGUGUUCUCAUAUUUCAUUAAAUACAAUCAAACAUCACCCAUCCACGCUUCUUGGUCGCUUUCCAAGUCUUUAUAUAUCCCAUAGCUUCGGAAUGUCUUUCAAAUAUGUAAGGAUACAUGACAACUGAUUCAUUUACACUCACUAAUAUGACAAAAGUAUAUGGACAAUGAACGCAAGUAGAUCUUUACCAAAAGAUCAAGAAACCAGGUUCCAAGGAAGACAUAGUCGAUGCAUUCUGGAUGACCCUUCUGCCUGAUUACUUCCCAAAACGACUCAACUACAGCUUACACCCCCAGCGACACCAGAACAAUACGGAUAAAGCUAUUGACGUGGUAGUGGGGGUACGAGUGAUCAGGCAUAACGGUUUACAAUCUGUGAUUCUCAUAGAAGAUAAGCGCAGAGGACUGGAGACACGAAAUGCCCAGUGGGCUGAUGCUCUUAGCCAGCUCACUGACUAUAUGCUAGAGACGCGCAAGGAGAAAGAGCAGGCUCAGUCACAAGUGCUUUAUGGAGCCGUCAACAUCGGAACAUAG